AUGAGAGGUCUGGGCGGGACCUUCUUUUGGAUCCUCCUGGUCUUGUCCCUCCCCGCCUCAUCCGUCGCCGUAUCACCUCUUCCUCCCGAUUCCGCUUGGCUGCGGGGAGGUUCGAGUGCCACUCCCAACAAUAAUAACAAAGAGAAAGAAGCUAUGGAACAGAGCAAUAGGUUGCUGUCAAGGCAGUAUCUUCCACUGUUUCGAAACACGGGUAGAACGAGAACGCGUGGGAGAGGUAGAAAGAGCGCCAGAGUUAAGCAUGUUCGAGGAAACUAUAGAAGUGGGGGAGACAACGCUGGGGACAACCGAAGCCCAUAUCAACCUGGUGAUUACUACAAUACUCUCCUCAAUGACAACCCCUUUCUGCAAACAAACGACGUACCUCAAAACAAUCUACCGUAUAGGCAGAACAACCCCAGACCAUAUUAUGGCAACGGUGUCAAGGGAAUCGGAACUGCCACCAAGUACCGUCCAAUCUACGACCGACCAGCACAACCACAGCAAGUGUACAUCCAACAAAAGACGGGCCCGAAUACUGGUACUGUCGUUGUGAGUUAUCAACACCAUCACAAGAGACAAAAGUAUCACCAUAAGAGCAAGGGGAGCAAGGGCGGCAAGGGCGGCAAAGGAGGCAAAGGAGGCGUCGUGGAAAGGCGCCCCAGGAGAAGUUGUAGAUCCAGAAAACGAUCCAAUGGAAGGAGAAAGGGAUAUCGGAACAACAACGAAAACAAUCAAUACACUACCUAUUACUAUGACGGAGACAGACGGCGGAAACAAAAGAAACGAAAACGGAAAGGAUUCCAAAUGGAUGGUAUGGAUGACGACGAUGACGACUUUGUCGUUCAUAGAGACACUGGAUUUGGGUAUGCCUUUCGUAAUCCUCGUCAAAAGGCUGCUACGAAAUAUGUGUACAAUGGCCAAGACGACUCUAGUGGUUUCAAGGGUACCACGGGGUUUGCCGCCCGAGACUCCAGCAGGGAUCACCCCUUGCCUGGCUACAGCAGUCUCGAACGGUAUUAUUAUGAUGGGAGAGGUGGUGGUGGUAAAGGAGGCAAGAAACAUGAAGGCAAGAGUGAAAAGGGAAAGAAGGGAAAGAGUGCAAAGUAUCGACAUCACGUUCCCUACUACGACGCCGGAGACGAUUACUAUUAUGGCGACGAGAAAGUGUAUUACUUUGGGGACGGAUAUGAUUUCUACUACGACGAAUGUGACGAAAUUGGCGUUCUGCUUCCUGUGGAAUCAGACUCUGUGGACGUACCUGCACCUACAGUUCCUACAGCGCAACCAACCAUGGUAUCGGCAGUAACACCAAGGCCAACAGUAUCACCUGGAGUGCCAACUGCAACUCCAUCAGACGUGCCGACCAAUGCUCCAUCAGAGAGUCCAACGUUGAGCCCCACGGCCACCCCAACCAAGGCCCCAACAAGAAACCCGACAACUUCUCCAACAAUGUCUCCGACCAAGUCUCCGACAAUGACACCAACUCAGUCGCCCACAACGAGUCCGACGAUGACGCCAACGACUGCUGAGCCUACAGAGAACCCAACCCCAACGCCUACAGAAACCCCUACAAGUUCUCCCACAAUGAUGCCGACCACGGCCACAGAUUCGCCCACAAUGAGUCCGACAAUGACGCCAACGACUGCUGAGCCUACAGAAAACCCAACCAUGAUGCCUACACUUGAACCAAGCACAGUGGUACCCACGAUGGCCCCGACGAAUGCCACAGAUCCGCCUACAAUGGCCCCGACGAAUGCCACAGAUCCACCCACAAUGAGUCCAACAAUUGCCACAGAUCCGCCAACAAUUAGUCCGACAAUGGCUCCCACCAUGGACACGGCUCCACCCACAGCCAUGCCUACCCCUGGCACGGACAUGCCAUCCAUAAUGCCCAGUGGCAAUACGGCUUCACCAACCGGGGCACUCGAAGUCGUUGUCGACUUUGGAUUGAUGUAUACGCUGAAUCCCAACAAUUUGCCUAGUGAGUCCAAUUUGAACACCAUCCAGGCAUUGACACAGCGUUAUCUGGAAGAAAUCUUGCUGCUCGAAUAUGACUUCAAUCUCGCAACGACAUUGGACAGUUUUAUGUUGGCCCUGGUCAUGAAUACCGAUCAAAACGGGGUCGUGACCAUUGAUUGGGAGAGCACUGUCAAUUUUGGAAUGGAUUCCACCAUGGUGCCGUCCUUGGCCGAGGUGGAAGCCCUAAUACAAGGUGCAUUUACAGAUGCUGGAAACAAUGCCAUUUAUCUUGACUUGUUGCAGAACACGGGAGCCAGCAACGCCUUUUCUGAAACCACGAAAGUGGAAUAUGUGCCAGGACCGUCUGGUCGGUCCUCCCCGUUGUCAUCCUCUUCGACAACAUCGACGGCAGAAGAUAUGUUGGAAAAGUAUAGAAUAUCGGGAGUUCAAAUUGUGGGAGUAGUGGGGGCGGGUGUCAUUGUCUUGAUUGGGGCAGCAGUCAUGUAUUAUGAUAGUCGCGGCCGGAGGGCCGCCCGGUUGCGAAGAAAGGUGGCACUGACGAUAUAA